AUGGACUCUCCCCAGCAAUCCCCCCAGCUUUCUCCAACCAGCCCUACAAGAUCAAGACCCUCAUCUAGAGGCUCCCAUCUCACCCUUGAUCUUUCAAGCCUUCCCCCACUCACCCAGCCUGCCGUCCCCACCAACACUCUCCUCAUCACCAAUCUAGUAAACCCCGAAACAUUCAACCCCGUGCACCUUCAGCAGCUCCGUGAAAUCAUUGACGCCUCCGCCCCCGUCGUCUACUGGUCGCCCCUCAAGUCCUUCCGCCGUAUCGUAUGCUCCUUCUCCUCCACCGAGGACGCAAUCACUGUACGCCAGGCUCUUGAUGGCGAGACAAUCAUGGGCGAUCGUACCCGUGUCUACUUCGGCGAACACACGCCCAUCCAGCCCGUCGACCAGCACCUCCAGGCGCCGGAGAGCAAGAAGCUCUUCUUCAUCUCCCCGCCACCUUCCCCACCACACGGAUGGGAGAGCAAGAACGAGGAACCACCAAAUGCGACCAUUGUUGCGGAGGACCUGGCCCACGCGCUUGCAAAGUUGAACUGCAACACCAAGCCGAGACCGAGAAGCGCGAGCUCGGUAGUAUUGUUCGAGCCUGAGGAGCAGGAUGGAAAGUCAAUGCCAGCUAUCUCAGUAGACGACUACACGGAUUCGGGCGAUGAGAGGUCGCCAGUUGAGAUCAGUGCGGCAGCCAGUGUUUUCCACACUCAGAGACCUCCGGUUGAGCUUAUUCAAGAUGCUUAG